AAUCACACCUUCAACUUCUCAUUCAAGAUGUCAUCUCUACUCCGAUCAGAGGCAAUGUCUCUGGUCCAGAUCUACAUUCCAAAUGAUGUAGCUCAUCCAACUGUUGCUGAAUUAGGUGAACUAGGUAGAGUUCAAUUUAAAGACCUCAACACCGAUCUCAAUCCAUUUCAAAGAGCCUACGUGGCUGAAAUUCGUAGAUUAGAUGAAAUGACUCGACGAUUGAACUUCUUUAAUUCACUCUUAGAUUCAGAAAACAUUGCAGCAAGAUCUUUAACAGUUUCUUCAUCUACUCAUCUCUUGGCUCCUACAGCUGGAUCGAACUAUGCUGCAGUACUUGAUUCACUUGAUUCUGAACUUAAAGAUCAUGAAAUUAGAUUACAAACCAUGAAUUCAAGUUAUGAACAACUUCGAACUCGACUUGGUGAACUUGAAGAAGCUAGACACGUUUUAAGAGAGACGGCUAUCUUUUUUGAACGUGCUAAUCAUCAUCCAAGUGAAAGAAGAGUAUCGGAUGUCGAUUUAGAUGAUGAUCGUGCUGGUUUACUUGAUAAUGCAGCUGAAGAAGGUCGUGGUGGUAGAUCAGAUGAAACUUCUGGAAAUACUGCUUUUGAACUUGAAUUCGUAGCAGGUACAAUUGAUCGAACUCGUAUGCCUACUUUUGAACGUGUACUCUGGAGAGUUUUACGUGGUAACUUGUAUCUCAAUUGGGCCGAGAUCGAAGAACCGCUGACAUCAUCCGUGGCCGCUCUAUCUCCGUCAGCCUCUCAGGCGGACCAAGAGAAAGCCAGUGCUGUACGCAAAGUGGUUUUCAUCAUAUUUGCUCAUGGUGACGAGUUGCUAAGCAAAAUACGCAAGAUCGCUGACUCCAUGGGUGCCAAUGUCAUUCCGGUGGAGGCCAAUGCCUCCGCACGAGAAGCAUCACUGAGAGAAGUUACAUCUAGAAUCGAAGAUAUCAGCUCAGUAUUGUAUAACACCAACCAAACUCGUCGACAAGCUCUUUCCAAUAUCGCUGAAUCGAUUGCGGGAUGGUGGGCAGUGGUUCGAAAAGAGAAACGGAUCUACGCUACUCUGAAUUUGUUUCAAUAUGAUGAAGGAAGGCGAACUUUGAUCUCUGAAGGGUGGAUACCGACUAGGGACAUCACAGCUGUUCAACAAGCACUCAAUCGUGCUACUGAGAAUGCAGGUACCACUGUCCCGGCAAUCCUACACGAACUGAGGACAUCCGCCAAACCUCCCACGUUCCAUCGUACCAACAAAUUCACCGAAGGGUUUCAAGCUAUCGUAGACGCAUAUGGAAUUGCUUCUUAUCAAGAAAUCAAUCCUGCUCUCUUCACCAUCAUCACCUUUCCGUUCUUGUUUGCUGUCAUGUUUGGAGAUAUUGGACAUGGUUUGAUCAUGUUCUUGGCUGCUCUGGCGAUGGUGAUGAAUGAGAAGAAAUUAGCCAAAGUCAAGGAUGAGAUCUUUUCCAUGUUUUACUUUGGGCGUUACAUUAUCUUGUUGAUGGGUGCCUUUGCUGUCUUUACGGGCUUUAUCUAUAAUGAUAUCUUUUCCCUUUCAUUGACGUUGGCUCCUUCAGCAUGGAAAUGGCCGGAACAUAUUUCUAAUGGUACUGUCACGGCUGAACCUACAGCCUACCGUUAUCCAUUUGGAAUUGAUCCGAACUGGCAUGGAGCGGAGAACAAUUUGAUCUUCACCAAUUCUUUGAAAAUGAAAAUGUCGAUCAUCCUUGGUGUGAUACAUAUGUCCUUUGCGAUUUGUUUACAAGUUCCCAAUCACCUGUUCUUCGGUCGCAAAAGUAGCAUCUGGGCCGAAUUUUUACCUCAAAUCUUGUUUAUGGAGUCUAUCUUUGGAUAUCUUGUCUUGACCAUUCUUUAUAAAUGGUCUAUCGAUUGGUCGCAACCGGGAAUGGGCAAUCCACCCAAUUUGUUAAACAUGCUUAUCUACAUGUUUUUAUCGCCGGGAACCGUUGAUCCUGAUGAACAGCUGUACACAGGACAAGCUUUCAUUCAAGUGUUCCUACUCUUACUCGCAUUGAUCUGUAUUCCGUGGAUGUUAUGUGUGAAACCUUAUUUAGAAUAUAAAGAACAUGAGAAGAUUGUUUCGCAAGGUUAUGGAAUCGUAGGCGGACAUGGUGAUGGAGCAGGUGGUCGUUCGAGUUUUGAUGCUGAAGAAGAAGAAGCAGGUCAUGUUGCUGCGCACGGUUCAGAUGAUGAACACGGAUUUGACAUGGGAGAUAUCAUCAUUCAUCAAUCCAUUCAUACGAUUGAAUUUGCUUUAGGUUGUAUUUCUAAUACAGCUUCUUAUUUACGACUUUGGGCACUUUCACUUGCCCAUGCACAACUUAGUGAAGUUUUAUGGUCAAUGACUAUGAAAUUAGCAUUCGGAGUUGAAGGAGUAACUGGAAUUGUGUUUACGGUGAUUCUAUUUGCUAUGUGGAUUACUUUGACUGUUGCAAUCUUGAUCGUUAUGGAAGGAUUAUCUGCUUUCUUACAUGCUUUGAGAUUACAUUGGGUUGAAAGUAAUGGAAAACAUUAUGAAGGAGCUGGUUAUCAAUUCGAACCUCUCUCGUUUGUGGGAAUUGAUGAAGGAUAUGAUUGAAGAUUAUAGGAUACUUUGGUUUAAUGAAUCUUUUGUUAUUUCAAUCUUUAUCUCUUUGCUUUUUUUGCAUAUGUAUCGAGGUUUUUUGAAAUAGAAUCAGCAACAUUUUUCUCCUUCCUCG